AUGACAAAGGAGUACCUCUUCGACAUCAACUACGGCCUGGGCCGGUCCAUGAGUCCGACGAUCGCCGACGGCUCGUUCAUUGUGGUCGAGCGACUGUCCCGACGCUGGCGCAAGUGGGAGCGAGGGGACCUCGUGCAGCUGCGAUCGCCGACCCGUUGUCGGGGCGAAACCAUUACGAAGCGGCUAUUGGCUCUGGAAGGGGAUGUCGUGGAGCUCCAGCCGCGUGGUGGCGAGGAGCGCAAGAAGAAGAAGAACGAGAAGAUUACAGUGCCAAAGGGCCACGUGUGGGUCGAAGGAGACAACGCGACGUGCUCGGUGGACUCGAGGCAUUUCGGCGCUGUCCCGGUUGCCCUAUUGAUUGGACGACCGUGUUGGAUUAUUUGA